GAGAUGUUGUAUGAUAUGUUAUAAUAUUGAAUUUGGGGCAGAACAUGCAAAUCAUUACUAAACAAACUGGUCGCCACGUCUGUAAGGUUGUAGUUUAAAAGGGUUCAUUUCAUUGGAAGACAACAAACAGUAUUGAUGAAACUGCAGUAUGCCAGCGAUGGAAUAGUGCCUUUAUCUGUUGUGCCCUCUAGCAGAAGGUACGAAUUUGUUGAGGAUGUGGUUGUUGGGGUGUCAAGGCAAUUGAGUGCCCCGAACUCGGGCUAUUCAUCCCCUCGGCUGAUAGGAAAAAAGAAAGUCCGUGAUGGGCUGAAUCGGAGCAAAUCCUGUGGUGACGGAAGAGGGAAGGCAGCGCCGCAUGGGCUUAUUGAGAACAAAAUAAUGGCAUGGGAGGGAGGGGAUAAGCACAAAACAGAGGAGGGGAAAGGGAGGCGCUUCAAAUGUGGGGCGCUAUGCUUGUUGUUACCAGUGUUGGGGUUUAAGGUUGGGAAAGGGAGAAUGAAAGGGAAGGAAGAGAAAAAGGAAGAGGCAGAGGAAGGUGAGUGUAUAUCCAUAUCCAUAUCGAGGAGAGUUUCUUUGCAAAAAUUCGAAUGUGGGUCGUGGGCUUCGUCAGGGAUGGUGGUUCAUGAAGAGGGGGAGUCGGGUAGUCUUUAUUUUGAUCUGCCAAUGGAAUUGAUAAGGAACAGCGUGAGUGCACAGAGUCAAUCACCAGUAGGGGCAGCUUUUGUAUUUGAUGGGAAGGAGGGAGUUUGGAACAAACCGAAAUUGGCGGAUGAAUCAGGAGCUGCAUCCCCAUGCAUCAUUACCCCACGCUUGCGCAAAGCUAGACAAGAGUUCAAUGCUCUUUUGGAAGCUCACACUAUCAUUCUGUGACUUAAUUCACUCCGUCCAUCCACCUUCAUCUCUUUCUUCUGCUUCAAAAAUGUGGUUAAGUGGCGCCAACCAAAAAUCAACUGGGUCAAAAUUGUCCCCUAUGAAUGCACAACCAACGUUUGCGUUGUGAUGUUCGUUUCUUUUUCCAAAUCUUCAAAUCAAAGUUUGUUAAAUAAAGGACACACCUCAGUUUGACGCUCACCAAUAAUUCAAUUGUCUUACUCUUCCAGGCCA